CGACAGUGUAACAAAAGUUUAAUAAUAAAAUAUAUUAAAACAAAAUUUAUUUCUCUCUCUCUUUUUUUUUUCUUUUCUUUUUAAAGUCGAACAAAAUUUGAAAUGGCAACUGUUAUAGAAAGUAAUAUGGAUUCAAUAGCUACAACUCAAAAACCAUGUUUAUUAUUGACAUCUCAAAAAUUAGAGAUGCAAACACGUACGACAGUUUUAUGUCCAACAACACCUUCCAAAUCAACAGAUGAUAUUCAAAUGGAACUGGAAAAACCAACUUCUUUAAAUCUAGCUAAACGGCGUAAAAAUACAUCUCUUCAAAUUCAAAAGCCUUUUGAAAAUAAACAUUCCAUACUUCAAAUUUCGGACAAACUUAUUAUGAGAAACCUUGAAAGGCAACAAAAGUUAUUAUUAAAGAAAACAAAAGAAGAAGAAGACGAGUCUAAAGUUACACCUAUUGUGAAUGAAGAAGGAUGGACAGAGUUGAUUCAAGACAUCUCCACGUUGAAUGCACGAAAGGAGAUAUUAAAGAGACAAAUGACAGGUGGUAUUCCAAGGACAGUAAGAGGUCUUGUUUGGAAAGGACUUGUCCAAAUAUCAUCUCAUCAAACGAUAGAUCUCUAUCAGGAUCUUUUGAAAGGAACAAGUCCUUAUGCUGAUACUAUUGAAAGGGACACAAGACAACGAAAUGACUUGACUGUUGAGAUUCAGGAAUCUAUCAUUCGGGUUUUAAAGGCUUAUAGUGUUUAUCAACCACAUGUAGGUUAUUAUCAGGGUAUGUCGUAUUUAGUGGCUCCUCUUUUAAUGAAUUUACCAGAAAACGAAACAUUUAGUCUACUUGUCAGGUUAUUUGAAAUAAAUAAUAUACAAGACAAAAAGAGUUUCCAGGAAUUUCAAACUUUAUUUUCAAAAAAUAUGCCUCAUCUUGAAGCUUAUCUAAAUAAUUUGAAUAUUGAUACUACCAUGUAUGCAGAGACAUGGUUCCUUACACUCUUCAUGGAACAGGUCCCUUUACCGGUUGCCAUACGUCUCUACGAUAUCAUCCUUUUAGAAGGAGCAAAGGAAACCGUCCUUCGAGCUGCUCUUGUACUCUUACAAAAGGCAGAAAACUAUCUCAUGUCACAAGCCGAUCCCCUCUCUCUCCUUACGACUUCAGGUCAACUCUAUACAUACGUCUAUUCAGAUGAUGGAGGAGAUGAUACAUUCAUACAAGAUUUGAACAAGGUUCUACUUGAACCAUCGUCAUCUGAGGAAGAAGAAGUAGAAGAAGAAGAAGAAGCUACAUGGAUUAUUGCACAAUUACGUAAAGAGAAUGCAAUCCUUGCUGAAGAAAAUAAGAGAAUGAAGAUGCAUGAAAUAAUGGAUUAUGAAGCCAUUCAAGUCAAGCUUGCUAAACGUAUUGCUAUACUUGAGAAACGAGUUAAGAAAUAUAAGGUCAAGUUAGCUAAUGCUACUAGUACUACUAAUAUUCACUUAUCAUCACCAGCCCCGAGUCAUAUGAUACAUAAAGAAAAAGAAGAGGAAGAGCAAGGAAAAGAAGAAAAAGAAAAAUUAGUAGUAGGUAAAUCCAGUCGUCAGUAUAGUAAACUUGUGGCUUCAUUACGAGAAGCAGGCGAAUUUGGGGCACUUAUUGCAGGUGCUCUUGCACCUAAUUUUAAUCUUGAGAAACAACAACAACAAAAAGUCAUAGAAUCGUCUGAAGAAGAAGAAGAUGAUGAUGAAGAAGAAAAGAUCACUAAUAAGCAAAGACUUGAUGCUGCAUUGCAAAAUGUGACCUCAGAACUUGUAGCGGUUAAGCUCGAUCACUUUGAAAUUCAACAACGAUAUGAAUCCCUCUAUCGACAUUGUCAAGAUAUGACCCAACAAUUACAAUCCUUACAGGAGUCCCAUACCUCCCUUACCCAAAAGAUCAUGUAUCUUGAAAGUGAACUCGAAGAUGUUCAAACAGAGCGGGAUCAAAUCUAUGCUGAUCAAGAGGAGGUAUUAGCGACGGCCAUGGUAGCUAAGAGGACAGCAGCUGAGCUUCAACUUGAGAAGAUGGCAUUGGCGAAAGAACUAGAGGGCCUUGAAGGGCAAAUGAAGGUAUUACAAGAGGAGAAAGAGAAUUUCUUUAUGCCAAGGGGGUCCUUCUCAGAGGAGGUCUUUGCCGCCCAUGCCAUCUUAUUUGGGUCACCAAAAAGGACCGACCAUCGACGCCACACGAUGCAACUAGGUAAAACACCUUUAAUUGAAAAUGGAGAUGAAUAUAAAUCCAAAUAUGUUGAAAGUGAAUUGCGAUGUCGAGAGUUAGAAAAGUAUUUAGCCGAGGCUAAGGUGAGAUUGGCUGAACUAGAAUGUUCGUCAACUCCCUUGUGUGUACGUCGUAGUUCGGUUCUGAAUAACAAUAACAAACGUAAUUCAACAGCCUCCUUAUCCAUGUUAGCGAAUCGAGUGAGCACACCUACUUCCCCACAUGAACGUCGUGAAUCAACAGAGAGUUAUGCUUCUUCAACUACUUCUUUAACCAGUAGUACAUAUAACAGUAGUAAGCGUUCUAGUAUGUAUUCAAGAAUAUGGAAUACCUUUGGUUCACCUGCAACUAUUGUGAAGAAUGAGAUAAUGUGUGAAGAACCACAGAUUAUUCAGCAAUAGCAAUAAUAAU